AAAAAACCCACUAUGUGACGUUCUGACAUUACAAUCCGCAAAAUCUGUGUCCGGAAAUUUUCAUCAAUAGUUUUUCCAAUUCCAAUUAAAUUAAACAAGAAAAAUCUCAAAUCAUGGAUGAAGAAUACGAUGCAAUCGUGUUGGGCACCGGCCUAAAAGAGUGCAUCCUUAGCGGUAUGCUCUCGGUUUCGGGCAAAAAGGUUUUACAUGUCGAUCGUAACAAAUACUACGGUGGCGAGUCCGCCUCGAUUUGCCCUCUGGAAGAGCUCUUUACGAAAUUUGGGGCGCCGGCCCCGGACGAGAGCUACGGCCGCGGCAGGGACUGGAACGUCGAUUUGAUACCGAAGUUUUUGAUGGCCAACGGAUCUUUGGUCAAAUUGCUCAUACAUACUGGCGUUACGAGGUACUUGGAGUUCAAGAGCGUCGAGGGCAGUUAUGUUUAUAAGGGCGGAAAAAUUUCUAAGGUCCCUGUAGAUCAAAAAGAAGCCCUAGCCUCCGAUCUGAUGGGCAUGUUCGAAAAACGGCGCUUCAGAAACUUCCUGAUCUACGUGCAAGAUUUGCAGGAGGACGACCCGAAAACCUGGAAAGAUUUCGAUCCCAGAACCCAAAACAUGACCGCCUUGUACGACAAAUUCGGUCUGGACAAAAACACUCAGGAUUUUACUGGUCACGCCCUUGCCCUUUACAGGGACGAUGAGUAUUUGAACAAACCUGCUAUAGAAACUAUUGCCAGGAUCAAGCUUUAUUCAGAUUCUUUGGCUAGAUAUGGAAAAUCACCUUAUUUGUAUCCUAUGUAUGGUUUAGGAGAAUUGCCACAAGGAUUUGCACGUUUGUCUGCCAUUUAUGGUGGUACCUACAUGCUGGACAAACCAAUUGACGAAAUUGUCCUUGGUGAAGGAGGCAGAGUGAUAGGAGUGCGUUCCGGUAACGAAAUUGCCAAAUGCAAACAAGUUUAUUGUGAUCCCACCUAUGUACCAGACCGUGUGCGCAAGAAGGGCAAAGUUGUCCGUUGCAUCUGUCUUUUGGAUCAUCCCAUUCCGAAUACUAAAGAUGCUUUGUCUACUCAAAUUAUCAUUCCUCAAAAACAGGUUGGUCGUCAUUCCGAUAUCUAUGUAUCAGUAGUAAGCUACACCCAUCAAGUAGCUGCCAAAGGCUGGUUCAUAGCGAUGGUAUCCACAACGGUGGAAACAGAAAACCCAGAGUCUGAAAUUAAGUCCGGUUUAGACUUGUUGGGUCCGAUUCGUCAAAAAUUCGUUUCAGUUUCGGAUUAUUACGAGCCUACCGAUGACGGUUUGCAGUCGCAGAUUUUUAUUUCUGAGACUUACGAUGCUACCACUCAUUUCGAAACUACUUGUCUGGACGUGCUGAGUAUUUUCAAGCGCGGCACAGGGGAGGAGUUUGAUUUUUCCAAAAUUAAACACGAAUUAGGCGACGAGGAACAAUAAAUGGUGCUUUUUCUUAUUUUAUUUUUUUGGUAAAGUUCUAUGUGCGAUUUUGUUGUAUAUUUUUUUUUUAAAUGCUAAAUUUAUUAUAUUAGGGUCCUUUUAAGUGUUUUACCAAUAUAUCAGAAAUGAUAAAUUGGAUCUUAGGUAGGAUUUUUUUAAAGCUGUGCAACUAUUUCUUGAAAAAAAUUGUUCCGAAAUCCUAAAAAAUGGAUUAACAGGCUUUGUUUAUUAUUAUUAUGUUUAAAAAUAUUUCUUGUAAUUUGCUUAUAGCCUUAUGAAUCAAAUUUCAAAAGCAGUAUAAAGACCUAUAGAAAUUAGUUGUCUUAAGUUAAUAAGUAUUAUACACUUUUGGUAUUCUUAAAUUUAUUAAUAAUAAAUAAACAAAAAAUUUCAAUGCAUUUACCUAAACGUUAUAAUUUUGGCUUUAUUGAAAAUAGUUGAUUAGAUAUUGAGAAUUGGUCCUUGUUCCAAAAACAUUUUAAUUGUGAUUGAAUAGAAAAAUAAUGUUAAAUAUAAUUAUUAAGCACUCUCCCAGUAUAUUAUAAUGUAAUCCUAAAACUAUUGUUAUAUUUGUAUAAGAUGAUCAUUCAUAUAAGUUUUUUUUUUGUGUUAAAGGAUCUGGCUUUAAAAGGUAGAGUAAAUAAUAAAAACAUCUUUUUUCUUUUUUUUUGUUGAAGAUUUAUUGGAUAAUAAUGCUAUACAUGUAUAUGAUUUUAUUAUUAGCUUAAUGUUUGUAGUACUUCCCUGGUUGGAAAUUGCUCUUGGCAUUUUAAAUAAUAUUAUUUUGUUUCAUGGAACAUUUCAAUAAACCCUUAAACGAA